AUGCCACCUGCCCAGGAUCCUCAGCCCCAGCCUCAACCUAUGAACGUGUCACCUACCCCUACCUCGGAUCAACAGCUCCAACAGAACGCGAGCAAGACGUGCAGGAUGGUCUUGCCUAACCUAUCUUUUCCUUUACGUUCGUGCUGCUGGCACGGCUCGGUGCCUCUACGUAUUUCGAGUACUGUCGGCACGCGUUACGAGCACUCGUUCAUGUACAGUAACGGCACUUCUGGAAUUGCCAACCAACCCCAAAACACCCCACAGGCCGGUGGUUCUGGCGCCGUCGCCAGUCGAGGAAUCUGGACCAAAAUGAAAGCAGUCGUUUCGCUUGCAUCGUCGUUACUCGGUCGCAGGUUGAAAAUGGUCAAAGACAAGCUCUCCGCAGUCCGUCUUCGAACUCGCGCCUUCGUCAUGGUCUGA